UCAGCAGAGGGCGUCCCGCUUGCGGCUCCGACGAAGCCGGGAGGAGCUUCCCUCUCUCAGGUUCGAUCGGGGAGGAGGAAGAAGAGCAGGAGGAAGAAGAGGAGGAGGAGCCCUUCCGUUGCUGCUUUUGCAGCUUGUGCCACGUUGACGCCAGGCUGAGGCGGCGAGCCGGGAAGGCGGCGGGAUCGCCUCGCCAACACGUGCGCGCCGCUCUGACCGGCAUGUGAUUGUGGUCCCAAAAGGAUCUUGGUAACUGUGAAGACUCUCUCACUUAGAGAUUUCUACAUAGAAAUCCAUCAAUCAGCGAAGGGGACGCUUUCAGCUCGAAGUUUGUAUUGUGCAGAACCCUGUUUUAGAUUGAGUUUGGUGUUGACGAAAAGCCCAUAGGAGGAGGAGAAUGAGACAACUCAAAGGGAAGCCCAAAAAGGAGACAUCCAAAGACAAAAAGGAGAGGAAGCAGGCGAUGCAAGAGGCCCGGCAGCAGGUCACGACGGUGGUGCUCCCCACGUUGGCCGUGGUUGUGUUGUUGAUUGUGGUCUUUGUUUACGUGGCAACCCGCCCAAACACAACCGAAUGAUGUGGCUUUCGGACUCAGUGACGUUGGGCCGUUGCGCUCGCUUGCCUUUUUGCCAGGAGCCAAAAACACAAAAGGGUUCCCAAGGGGGAAAAGGGAAUCCUCUUUCGAAUCCCCAGUCGUUAUUUUGUUUGCUUUGACUCGAUUCAUGCUCCACAAUUACUCUCUUGGAAUGUAGUACAAGACACAUUGGCCUCCGUGGCAAACAAACCGCAUCCUUGCGUCCAGCUUAUGUGCCUUUUAGACCUCAGCAGUGAGUGAUUCUCCCCUUUCUGAACACUUUUCUUGUCAUAAAAGUGGAUCUUGUUGCUUUCCAAAUCUUGUUUCAAUUGGCCUUUAACCCUUCAAGUAAUCAGUAACAUUGCUAGUGUUAAUUCUCAUGAAUUCUUGUGUGUUGGCUUCAGAACUUCCAAAGAAGUGAAACUUUCCUGCGCGUUGUGAUUAUACAAGCAUUUGAAAAUCCUUGACUGAAAAAUAUAUUUAUUUUUGGAAUAAAAAAGACAACUCUUGCAUACAA